GACGGGGAAGGCUCCGUCCUCAUCAGCUGGGAGUAGCUGCGGAGACCAGCUCUCAGCUGUGGGCUGUCUGGGUUGGACAAUCACUGCGUUUCCUCUUGGGACUGGAACCCUCGGCUAAUCCCUCACCUGUUUUGCACCAGCAGCACUCUGAAUACAAAGAGCUGGGUGAAGGGGCCAGCAGGUGGCUUGGUGGUUAAGGCACUGGACUCCCACAUGGCUGACCACAGUUCGAGUCCUAGACUCAGUGGUGUGAGACUCACGCCAGUUCCAGUUCCAGGAAGGAUGUUACCUUUGACGAUGAGAGUGUUAAAGGCGCUGCUGCUGCUGCUGCUGCUGCCGCCCCCGGGGCAGGCUGCUCCCAAGGACGGGGCCAUGAGGAUGGACUCUGAAGGGCAGCACCAGCUCCUGCCCAACCCCUUCCUGCCAGGCCAGGAGCAGCUCCGGCUCCUGCAGAACCACCUAAAGGGACUAGGGAGGAUGGAAGAGGAGCCGGAGCACAUGAGCCGGGAGCAGGUCCUCCUCUACCUCGUUGCCCUCCAUGACUAUGACGGGAGUGGCCAGCUGGAUGGCCUGGAGCUGAUGUCCAUGCUGACGGCCGUUCUGUCCCCUGGAGUUGCUGACUCUCCUGCCACCAACCGGGUGAUCCUGGUGGUGGACAAGGUGCUUGAGACCCAGGACCUGGAUGGAGAUGGGCUCAUGACGCCUGCGGAGCUCAUCAACUUCCCAGGAGAGGCCCCCAGGCCAGCAGAACCCAGAGAGCCCCCUGCCCCUGAGCUCCAAGAGCCACAAGCUGUUGGGAGGCAGACUCUUUUUGCUAAAAGACAGGAAACACAGGAAGCUCUGAGUCCCAGGGAAGAUGUUGGGGGCCACAUAGAGGCCAAAGGAGAGGCCCUAGAGCCUGUACAGGAGGCUGGCGGUCAGACAGAGGCUGAAGGAGUCCCAGGUCCUGGAGGAGAGGUUGGGGGUCAGACAGAGGCUGAAGAAGGAGCCCCAAGUCCUGGAGGGGAGGCUGGAGGAGAGGCAGAGUCCAGGGACAAUGGCGAGGAAGUCCAAGAACUUCCAGGGGAAGCACUGGAGACUGAGGACACCCUGCAUGAGUCUGAAGUUCACACCAUUCAAUUGGAGAAUGACGAGAUCUAGACCUCGAGGAAACGGGCCCGUGCCCCUCACCGGCUCAGUAUCCCUCAGAACACAAGCCCUGAGGGACGGGGCGCGGACGCUGUGGCAAGGACCGCCUCUGUGGCCCCUUUCUGGCCCCCGCAGGUGCAAUCAUUCUGUGCAGCUCAGGGAGACCCGAAGUUGAAGGGCAGCUUUAGGGCCUAGACAACCAAUAAAGACCUGAAUGAAUUUAU